GUUUGUUUUAUGUUUCGGAAUUUGUCCAAAAGAAAAUAAAGAAUAAACUCAACGAAGAACGGUCAGUUCAUCAAAAGGCUAAAGCAUUGUGGAGGUGGCCGUUCUCAGCGGGAAAGGCGAGAGCUGGGUUUGAGAAAAUGGAGGGAAAAUUCAAGUCUCUCUCAUUGGUGGGAGCUGGAGCUCUCUUCGGUUCUGUUUCUACCUUCUUCAUCCUCAAGCUUCUUCACAGACAGAUCGCGGAUCAUGCUGAAUCGAAGGCAACCAAGCUGCGUGGUAAUGAGAAUAUGGUCGAGACUACUGUAAAGGGCAGUCCUGUUGUUGGGUGCACCAAUCGUGGACUUUCUGAUGUAGACCUUCUAACUGACGAAAUUGUUUCUGAACAACUAACAAGGAACAUUCAGUUCUUUGGCCUUAGCUCGCAGAAGAAUGUGACUGCAUCCUAUGUUGUGGUAAUUGGUCUUGGUGGUGUUGGGAGUCAUGCUGCUAUGAUGCUUCUUCGAUCAGGGGUUGGCAGGCUUCUCCUCGUUGACUUUGACCAGGUGUCACUUUCUUCUCUUAAUCGACACGCGGUUGCAACAAGAGCAGAUGUAGGUAUCUCAAAAGCUCAGUGCCUGAAGGAGCACUUUCUAUCCAUCUUUCCAGAGUGUCAAGUAGAAGCAAAAGUGCUAUUAUAUGAUGCAACAUCUGAAGAAGAAAUUCUUUCCGGAAAACCUGAUUUUGUUCUGGACUGCAUUGACAAUAUUCAUACAAAGGUAUCACUUCUUGCUGCAUGUGUACGUAGGGGAUUAAAAGUAUUAUCAGCAACAGGAGCCGGAGCACGAGCUGACCCAACAAGAAUUCGUGUGGCUGAUUUAAGAGAGUCAACAAUUGAUCCAUUAUCGCGUUCUGUGAGGCACCGUUUGCGGAAAGGUUAUGGCAUUGAAGGGGGCAUUCCUGUUGUAUUUUCUUUAGAAAAACCCAAAGCCAAGCUGCUUCCAUUCCAAGGACCAAGUGGAGAAGCUGAAAAUCCUUCAGAUUAUCAGAUAACUCCUGGGUUCAGAGUUCGCAUCAUACCCGUUCUAGGUACCAUCCCUGCAAUUUUUGGACAGGUAAUGGCCUCAUAUGUUGUGACACAAUUAGCAGGGCUUCAAGUGGACACAGAGCCUGUCAUUAAUUUGGACUCAGAUCAUUACAAGUUGCUUCAUCAGCGACUCAUUGAGCAUGAAGAAUCAUUGUAUGGCACUGCCAUGGAAGUCCAGGUAGAUCUUGAAGAAGUGAUGUUUGUUGCAAAAGAGCUCUGGCAUGGAAGAAGUGCGAGAGAGCAGUCUGCAAGAGAUGUUGGACGAGGAUUAUGGCGAGCUAUCAAUGAAUUAAUGCUUGUGAGGUGGGACCGAGCAAAACCAGCAUCCGUGUCGAACUUAAUUCUAUUGAAAUUUAAUGAGGCUGACGAACACGAGUCGUCGACCCUAGAUGACAUAAAGGAAAAUGAACCUGAAUUCUUUAGGAGAGUGACUGCUACUUUGAAGCGAGCUGAGGUGGAAUUUUCUUUAUGAGAAGAUAAAUUUCUUAGUUGGAAUAGAUAAGGAUUUGUUGCUUUCGUUCCUAAUAGUAUCAUUUCUUUAGUUCAGCAUGGGAAGUUACUAGGUUAAUAGUGACUUAAGCCUUAGAUUUAGCCCAAUAUUAUCAGUUUUACUGAAGUAAAAUUUUGGUCUAGUUAGUUGUUUUUGAGAUCAUGGUUUAUUUUGGUUUAGUUGUUUUUUGAGAUA